AUGCACGGUUAUUGUUUCGUGUUGUCCUUGGCUGCGACGGCGUUGGCAGUGCGGGUACACAGUUUUCCGUCCACCGGUGUCUGUCUGCGGACCGCGGUCGUAAUGCAGGACGUCUCGGACUGUACAGAAUGCACUAUCGUGUACGACGGCCAUUUGUCGUCCACGGUCGCGCCAAUAUCCCCCGGUGACCGUCCAGCCGGAAAUCACGCGAUCGGAUACGAAGACUUUAGCCCGGCCACAGACGCGGUCACGACCGCGCGCCAUAAUAUGAUUCCCGUUAUCACCGAGUGA